AUAGUUUGUUUAUAUUAGGCCAAUCUUUUUUUUUUAAACAUUUGCAAAAAGUCUAUCAAAUUACGCUAAUUUGCCAUAAAUGCGCGGUUACAGGUCCCAAAUCACCCAAAGCAGCUCCAGAUUCCUAGAACUGAACAUGUUGUGACUUUCUUGACGGUUUUAAAACGUCUGCUCUGCAACAGAAUCUCGCGUCGUUUUUUUCCAAACCCCGCUAACUUUUAUGUGUAGACCUGACUGCAGCUUGCCUCGUCGUGGACAUUUUUUGCAGUGUGUUAAGUGCUGGGCUUCGUCUCUCGUUUGAACAAGCCUAGUGCCACCACCACCACUACCAGCAGCAGCAGCAGCAGCGUCCCUCAUCAAUAUGCGCUUCGGCUCUUCAAUUUAACAGCCUCUCUUACAUUUAGACCCAGGCAAAUAAUAAUAAUAAUUAAAAAAAAAAAAUCUAGAGAGAGAUCUAUAACACCCAAGCGAAGCCCAACAUUCCCGUCGGGGGAGGCGAUGUCAACCACAUUCCACAUUUGACUCCGUCCGCAGCAGACUUUUUCCGCGCCUCAGUCGACUUUCUUUCUCUCUUUCUUUCUCCUGCUGCUGUGUCUUUUUUUUUUUUUAUUAUUAUUCUUUUGCGAGGAGGGGAACCAUCCAUGGAUUUGCGCGCGAACAGACUGUUGAUUGCGGCGCAUGAGGUGUGCCUGUAAAACAACAGUGGAUCAAGAAUAGCCCUAAUUGUAGCAGGUAACAAUCAAAUCAAAUUAGAGGAGGGGGGGGGCGUUGAAAAGGCAACGAUGUUUGCUCUGCAGAAGGUUCGUCAAUUUCGCGCACUGUCCGCGCUGGUUGUCGGAGCGAUUGUGUGCUGCGCAAAAAGCGUCAACGAACCGGGCAACAUGUCCAUCGUGAAGGAGACGGUGGAUAAGCUGCUGAAAGGCUACGACAUCCGACUGAGACCGGACUUUGGAGGGCCCCCGGUUGCAGUGGGCAUGAGCAUAGACGUGGCCAGCAUAGACAUGGUGUCAGAAGUCAACAUGGACUACACGCUGACCAUGUAUUUCCAGCAGUACUGGAGGGACAAGCGUCUUGCCUAUAUAGGAAUCCCACUCAACUUGACUCUGGACAAUCGGGUUGCAGAUCAGCUGUGGGUCCCUGACACUUACUUCCUCAAUGACAAGAAGUCUUUUGUUCACGGAGUCACUGUCAAAAAUCGCAUGAUUCGCCUGCACCCUGACGGGACGGUCCUAUAUGGACUCAGGAUAACAACAACAGCCGCUUGCAUGAUGGACCUCAGGAGGUAUCCCCUGGAUGAGCAGAACUGCACUCUGGAGAUAGAGAGCUAUGGCUACACCACAGAUGACAUCGAGUUCUACUGGAAGGGAGGCGAGUCGGCUGUAACAGGGGUGACGCGCAUCGAGCUGCCGCAGUUCUCCAUUGUUGACUACAAACUGGUUUCCAGGAAUGUUGUCUUUUCCACAGGUGCCUAUCCUCGACUGUCUCUGAGCUUCAAGCUGAAGAGGAACAUCGGCUACUUCAUUUUGCAGACUUACAUGCCAUCGAUCCUGAUCACCAUCCUAUCCUGGGUAUCCUUCUGGAUAAAUUAUGAUGCAUCCGCAGCCAGGGUGGCUCUAGGAAUCACCACGGUGCUGACCAUGACCACCAUCAACACCCACCUGAGGGAGACGCUACCCAAGAUCCCGUAUGUUAAGGCCAUCGACAUGUACCUGAUGGGCUGCUUUGUCAUGGUCUUCUUGGCCCUCCUUGAGUAUGCCUUCGUCAACUACAUCUUCUUUGGGAGGGGCCCUCAGAUGCAGAAGAAGUUGGCGGAGAAAGCGGAGAAGGCCAAUAACGAGAGAGCGGCCAAGUACGAUGCGGCGAGGGAGGCAGGUAGUAGGACCGCGUCCCUAAAACGGUCCAAUCAGGUUAAAGGUCUUCGGCACUCACGCUCGGCCGAGCCGCACGGCCACGGAAACAUCUUGCUGACCACCUUAGAGAUCCACAACGAAGUGGCUGGAGGUGAGAUCACCACCAGCGUGGCAGACAUUAGGAACUCUCAGUCCAUGGUGCAGUUGGACAGCACGGCCUCGACACACAUCCAGUACCGCAAGCAGAGCGGGGGGAUCGGGCCGCGCUCCGCCAGCCGCCACUCCCUGGACCGGUCUGCCCAGAUGAAACGGAGCCGCCUACGGAGACGGUCCUCCCAGCUCAAAAUCAAAAUCCCCGACCUGACGGACGUGAACGCCAUUGACCGCUGGUCUCGCAUCAUCUUCCCAUCCGUUUUCUCGCUUUUCAACCUCAUCUACUGGCUCUACUAUGUCUGAUCAGAACUGUUUUAUUUUUUUUCUGUGUGUGUUCGUCGUCGUUUGACUUCCACAUCAUUUGUUCAUUCUCCUUUUUUUUCUGUUGCUUUUAUACGUGAUGGAAUCUGUCAAGUCAAAGACUGCAACACAGCAAGAUUAAAGCGAAAAACAGACUUAACAGAGACUACAAGGUUUUGGACCAAGUUCUCAUUGAAAUUGUUUUUAUAUAUAUAUCUAUAUAUUUGCAGUCUUUGAAUCCUGAGCACUGAGGUAUUUUUAUUUUUGAAAGUAUGUACUGUAAUUUGGAUUUGUGACAGUUUUCACCCCCCCCAAACAUUUGCCCUUAUUGAUGAUGUGUAAAUAGUCAAAAACAAAGCCAGCAAAUUUUACAAAAUAUUUGUUACAAAAAAAAAUACGGAAGGAGUUAAGUCAAUAUUUUUUUUUUUCCACUACAUGUUGAUCGGGUGCAGGCAAUAUCUAAAAUAAAUCCAUUAAAAGUGGUAUGCUAUGCAUUUUUAAUGUAUUUAGGCAUCUUGGAAUCGUAGUCAUGGCACAACUCUUCCAGAAACAGAAUAACAUAUUAUGUAUUUAUAGUGUUUAUAAUACUCUUGAUACUAUCUGCAAUUUAUCGAACGUUGAUCUGGUAAGCAAAAUAAUUUUAUCCUUCAGGAGGAUUUUUGUCUCAGGUUUAGAUUUUUUUUUUUAGUUUUUUGGAGACAAAAAAAAAAGAGAAACAAAGCACAAUUCAUAAAUAAAACUGCCAUUCUUUCCCAAUUUAACAGCAGAAUUUCAAGUGAUUGCAUGACAAAAAUUGCACUCAGAUUUUCAAAACUUUCACACAAAGUUUUUAUUAUUAUUAUUUUCUAAUCAAAACAACUGCCAAUGGCCCUUUGGGGCAAAAAUAGUUACUAUUUAACCCAUAAAAUAUCAUAUUUUUGUACUCCCCGUCUAUUUAUUUGUCUAUUUGAAUUCCUUACCUAUUGUUUAACUGAAGACCAGUUAUUUUAUUGUGACAGUAUAGCAGAAUUAAUUCAUGUUUUGUACAUAGGUGUGUAUAUAUAUGUGUAUACAUACGCUAUGUGUUCAACCCAAAAAUGAAAAUAAUAAUUUUGUGAUUGUCACUGACUCCCAAUAGUCAGAUAAUAUGUAUGAAGUCAGUUUUGAGCAUUUUAUCCAUUUUGGAGCAUGUAUGAAGACUCUGAAUACAUUCCUAACUUAGAGCAUCCUUCACAAAUCUGGAAAGCCCUAUAAAGAUGUGUAAAAAGCCGUUAAAAAUUUUUAUCUUCUGUUGCUGUAGAAAUACUUUACAGUGAAAAAUCUUGAAAAAUAUUUAUUAUAUAAUAUUUAAGAUGAGUGCAUUUGUCGAGAUGGAAAGAAUCCAUUUUAUUGAGUAAUAGUUGUUGUUUUUUGUUUUUUUUUUACCAAAUCAGACAGCACACAAGGUCCUCGAUCUCAGAGGAUUGAUUUGGAUGGUAUGAAAGACAUGACCCAUGUUUCCAUCCAAUUUUGCGAAUUUUGAGAAAACCUUUUAAACGAUGCAAAAAAGAGAAAAAAAAAGUGAAUUAAGCAUGUUUACAUCCACUGGUUCGGGGCAAACUAACCAGGCUACACAAAGCGUAGUUUCAUCAGAAGUUGACUUUACGCAUGGCUGUAAUAAACAGGAAGUAUAGGUUGCAAACUAGCUAAGGACCACAUACCGGAGACAGCUGAUUAGUCUUGAGCUAAAUGUUUGCUAUGUCAGAACUUAUUUGGGAAAUGUGUUUACGUUUUUCGCAUUAGCUCUUUUUUUAUUGUUGAAAACUCCCCCCAAAAAAAACACCUUAUUUUCAAAAUUAAAGAAGUUAUUUUACAUUUUGCCCUUUCAGUCAACCCUCUCUAGUGCAAUUCUUUAAGAUGAACCUAAAAAAAAAAAAAAAAAACAUUGAUUGAAACAGAGCUAUAGUUACGCUUUUUCAUACCCCUGUCCUUUCCGUCUUACUUUUUAGGACCUGUAAACAGAACAUUUCAUCCCAGUAUACUUAAACCAUUGGUUGUCAUAGUUAUUUAAUGAAUUCUGGAGAUAAAAAUGCUCCCCAUAUCUGUAAUUUUAUAUCAUUGUCUAAAAAAAACCUUUCAUUACAACUGGAUGUCCAAGCUGGUACAAAACCUCAUUUUGGCAGGUACAAAUUGACGCAUGGUCUGUUCAGCUCAGAAUUCAGAAGUUAAAAAAAAUGGCAAAGAGGCAAAAUGGCCGACUUCACACUGUAUAAAUGUACUCAAACCAAUAGAAGAUUAAUUUAUUUCAAGGCUUUGCACACGUCUUUAUCCCGGGUACCAAAAGGUGCGGCACGCCGCUGUACAAGCCGACCUUGCUGAGGUUCCGCUCCAGUCACUGUACGCACUGAAAAGUGAGCUCUGCAUUUCAAUGGAUUUCCCAGAAUACCAAGAUGGCCCCCGAUAAUCUGUCGGGUAAUUUUAAGCACAUACUAGCAUUGAAUGUAUCAGACCCAUUCUUCAGGGAGAGGAUAAUGAGCCAUGGUCAUCAUUUCUCCAUUAGAAUGUAACCCACCCC